AUUGCAUUAACUGUAAAGACUGCAAUAGAGAGACGCACAUAACUGUAAAGGAAGAAGAAGAAAUGAAAUUGAUUCUCAGUGGACUUGAAUAUCAGGAGAAAGAGAAGACCUGGACUGUACAUUACCCUUGGAUUAAAGAUCCACAUCAUUUGCCGAAUAAUUUUGGGGUAGCACUAAUGAAACUUAAAGGUACGGAAAAGCGACUGAAGAAGUUGGGCAGUAGGUCAACAGAAAAUUACAAGGUACAAAUUGAUGACAUGUUAAAGAGAGGUGUUGCUAGAAAACUAAAUAGGGAGGAGUUAAAUUGGUACAAAGGUCCAGUGCACUAUUUGUCUCAUCAUGAGGUGUUGAAACAAAGUUCAGCUUCCACCCCUACUCGCAUUGUAUUUAAUGCUUCUGCCUCAUAUAAUGGUCAUGUGCUGAAUAAUUAUUGGGCUAAGGGUCCCAAUGUAAUGAACAGUCUUUUUGGUCUUUUACUUAGAUUCAGAGAAGGUUCCAUAGCAUUUGUUGGAGAUAUAGCCAAGAUGUUUAAUAGCAUCAGGUUAUCUGAAUUUGACAGUCACGUACACAGGUUUCUUUGGCGAGACUUUGAGGAUCGGGCCCCAGACCACUAUGCCCUCACAGCAGUUCCCUUUGGAGACAUUUGUAGUCCGGCUAUUGCUAUACUUGCUAUGAGACAAACAGCUGAGAAAUGCAAGGAGGAAUUCCCUGAAGCAGCCAACGUAAUUGUGCAAGAUAGUUACAUGGAUGAUAUCAUACAUAGCAUGAAUGAUACAGAGAAGGCUAGUCAGAUCAUAAAGGAUGUUGAGCUUAUUCUGAACCGUGGAAACUUUCACAUGAAGGAGUGGAUCAUAAGUGGGAAGACCCAAGUUGGAAAUGAUGUGGACUUGUCAGGUAUACCAGGAGAAAAGGUUCUGGGAUUAGUAUGGAACCCUGUAGAAGAUGAAAUAAGUUUCAAGAUGAAAAUGAAAAGUACGUGUAAACAGACUUGCAGUGUUGAAGUUAAGAGUAAUUCCGAUGAACCACAAAAUCCACUAACUAAAAGAAAGGCUCUUAGUUACAUAUCAACAAUAUUUGAUCCCAUGGGGUUUGUUACACCAGUGACUUUACGUGGUAAACUGUUGAUGAGACAAAUCAUUGAGUACAUUGAUGAGAAUGGACGGAAAUUAGACUGGGAUGAUCCUUUACCUGAGGAAUUUAUAGGGAAAUGGUACAAAUUCUGUCAUGAUAUGCAUGAAUUGGGAACUAUUAAAUUGCCUAGAUGCAUUUGUAAUGCUGAAUUAGUUGAACCAACCCUGAUACUGUUUAAUGAUGCGAGCACCCUAGCAUAUUCUGCGUGUGCUUAUGCACGUUGGCGUGUUGGGAAAGAUAAGUAUCAAUCAAAGCUACUUGCAGCCAAAAGCAGACUCGCACCAAUUAAGACACAGACUAUUCCCAGACUGGAGUUGUCCAGUGCAGUUCUUAGUGUUCGCCUCCGCAAUACAAUAAUGAACGAAACUAACAUCAGAUUUGAUCAUGUUCACCACUUUACUGACUCUGAGAUUGUGCUUUCACAAAUAACAAAACACAAUAUUAAGGCUGGAACUUAUGUUGCAAAUAGAAUUGUAGAAAUAAAAGAAAGCUCCUUGAGUAAUGAAUGGCACUGGAUCUCGACUGAAGUAAACAUAGCUGACCUAAUGACCCGUUCAAGUAAAUUUGUUGAUAUGGGUCCAACGUCAUGCUGGCAGUGUGGACCCACUUUCUUAGAAUUACCAUUUUCUCAAUGGCCCAUGAAGUCAAUCUCUCCAACACCAGAGAUAAAGUCCAUCAUUAACACAGCUGAAGUAAACAACUGGCAUAUUAAUGACUGCAAUAUGUUUGACAUAGACAGAUUUAAUUCAUACCGCAAAAUUAUAGGAGUCACUGCAAGAGUUUUGAAUGCCCUUCAUGCGCGUUCUUUCAAGGGAAUCCUGGCAUCACCAACAGUAGAUCAACUUAAACAAGCAGAAAUAUUAUGGAUCAAAAGAGCCCAGAUUUCUUUAACAGACAACUGGGAAAAAAGGUUCAAGCGGUUAGGUCCAUUUUGUAAGGAUGGAAUAAUAUAUGUAGGAUCAAGAAUUGCUGCAUGGCUGAAGAAUAAUUACAAUAAUGAAGCUUUCAUUCUACUUCCCACUAAACAUAGACUCACAGAGGUGUGCAUUAAGGAUAUUCAUGAUAAAGACCAUGGAGGGAUUGAAUCUACUCUAUGUAAACUACAGGCUAAAUUUUGGAUUCCUCAAGCUAGAAAGUUAAUCAAAUCAGUUAAAUCUCGCUGCGUGACAUGCAGACGUUUAGAAAAACAAGUGAUUGGACAAAGCAUGGGACCAGUACCAGAAGAAAGGUUGAAACCUUCACCUCCCUUUUACCAUUCUGCUCUUGAUCUAUUUGGCCCAUUAAUGAUUAAGGAUACAGUCAAAGGAAGAUGUAAAAAAAAGGUGUAUGGUGUUGUAGUAAAUUGUCUCAGCACAAGAGCAUCAUAUGUUGACUUAGUAGAAGGGUAUGAUACUGACAGUCUCAUCACUACUCUUCGUAGGUUUACAGCCAUCAGAGGCUUCCCUCACUCAAUGUAUUCCGACCAUAGUUCACAACUCAAAUUGGCAAGUAAAGAAGUUUGUUUCUUGACUCAAGACCAGGAAAAAUUAUCACAAUUUAGCCGAGAAGGCGGUAUGGAGUGGAAAUUUACAAAAUCUGCUGAUGCUCCAUGGGAGAAUGGGUGCUCAGAAGCUAUGGUAAAAUUGGUGAAGAGAGUUAUGACCAGAGUAAUAGGUGACAGUACAUUGACAUUUGGUGAAUUACAAUCAGCAAUGUUUGAGAUUGCAAAUAUGUUGAACGAGAGACCAAUAGGUAUGAAAAAUGGUUCAGACUGUACUAAGGGAUCUUAUCUUUGUCCAAAUGAUCUAAUACUAGGGCGUGCAAGUGUACACACACCAGAAGGUGUAUUUGACAGCAGUACAAACACAAGGACUCGCCAAAGGUUCAUCAAUGCAAUUGUAAAAUCCUUCUGGAAGAAAUGGAUGAUGCAUUAUUUUUCAACAUUAAUUGUACAACAAAAAUGGCAUUGUGAGAAAAGAAAUCUCCGAGUGGGAGAUAUUGUUUUGGUGCAGGAUAGUAAUAAUUUGAAAGGGCAUUGGAAACUUGCUGAAGUGUGUCAAGUUUUACCGAGUUCUGAUGGUAAGGUUAGAGAUGUACAAAUUAGAUACAAGUUACAAAGCGGAAAUAGCAUGUAUAAGGGUCAUCAAGAUAUAAAGGUUAACAGAUCUGUCCACAAACUUGUGUUGAUACUUCCGAUCGAAGAACAAUAAUUUUAAUUCUUUUUCUUGGGGUGGGGAGUGUAACAUGAUUAUGCGCAUGUUAAGUUAAGUUUAUUUUACGUUCGUGCUACCCGUCAGUGGUAUGGUUCCAAUAUUAUUUGUUUUAUUUCUCUUAAUAUACUUCUUAUUGUAUGCUGAACGAGUUUACACCAACUAUGUAUGUAUUUGUCCGUAAAUUGUGUAUUUGAUAUUUGAUGUGAUAAAAAUACUGUAUAAGUAGACUACAAUGGAUUUGUUAAAGAGUAUAGUUUAUGCGGAGUGGCACACGGUUGUUGUGGAGGCCCGCGCGGCCUGAUAUAGACACUGACAGACAGGAGAGUGAGACAAGUGGAGACGGUUUGCUAGCUACGGGUCUCCCUCGUAGGACUCGGGAAUAAGGUCGCCCCUCCUGUUCUAUAGACUGGUUAUGAAAGUGAGACGUCAGUGGAUUACCUAUCAAUUAUCAAAGCACCAGUGACGUAUCCGGCUGUUGGGGAUUCCACGCCAUAGUAUUUUCAACACAACUGACGCUGGCAAUGUUGUGAGUGUUAUGGUUAUUGUGUAUUUGUGUGAUUUUUGUCAUGCUAUGAUUUACAGUGAUAUGUAUGAGGAUUUUCUGAGCUUUAUAAUGAUGUGAGUCACACAGGGUAUUUAUCCAUUGUUUGGGAGGUUUAUCAUAUUGUGAACUGCAGAGAUAUUUUUGUGAUUUCUGUACUUAUUAUACUAUGAGGUACAUGGGAACUAUUCAAGGUCUGAUCAUGUUAUGUAGUGAUUAUUUUUGUAUUUUUAGUGUUUCUACGCUCAUAUGAUUUUACCAUGAUUUGGUAUCGGGCUGAUUUAUCCUGGACCCACAGGUUGGAACGCUACAAUAAAUGUUGCAACACA